UAUGAGCCCCCCCCUCGCCGCAGACCCCAGAAAACCACCAGCAGCAGCGGCGCCGCUUCUCACAGCUGCACAGGCGUUCACAGUGGAAGAUGAAGCUGCUGUGGCUCAGUGUCCUCUGCCUCUUCGCCUGCUGCCUCGGCGAGGCCAGAGUCAUCCCAGAAGGAGCGCCGUAUGAACAACCUCCUGCUGACCCCUACUGGCCCUACUCCACCUCUGACUUCUGGAACUAUGUGGAGUACUUCAAAUCCAUCGGGGCCUACGAGCAGAUCAACCAGCUGGCUCGGACCUUCUUCGCCCACCAGAACCUCCGGGACACCCUGGGAUAUGAUACCCACGCAGGCUAUGAGCAUUAAGACGAUCCAGGCAGGAAAGGGAAAGGAAUGAAAUGUUCCAAACUGAAAUGAGUGAAAUGGGAAUAAACUAAACGUUUGUUUUCAGUUUACAUUAGGCUUUCUGUAGCAAUAUAGCUAUUAAAGAUUGCAAUAGAUUUGUUGUAGUUUUUUUAGAACAUAUUAAUUAGGUGCAGUGAAAUAAUAGGAAAUGAAUUCAAAUAAAAUUUCUAAUAGUUAAAGUCUUUUCGUCUUCUUUUCUCCCCCUCCCCCCCCCCCAAAAAAUAUAUUUACAAUUAACACAACUCUGUUGAAGAUUUGGAGUUUAAUUAUUAAAUUUUUACUUAAUUUUGAUCUGUUUAAUCUAUAUUUAUACUUUAACUUCAUUGUAACCACGUAAUGUAAUUUAUGUUGAAAUAAAUUAAGCUUCAUGGAUAAAGUAAA